AUGCGUCGCCGGUCGAAUUCUGCAGAAUCCGAGGAUUUGGAUCAUUUGGCGGAAAGUUCUGACCUCCAUCUUUAUUUUGACAACAAGACGAUCCCCGACUCGAUAGAUGAGAAUGAGUUUAUCGAUAUGGUGCUAAAUAAAAAGUCAGAUCGAAACCAGGAAAGCGCAUUUGGCCGCGCACUCAAGGCUAGAGAAUUGUCCGCCAAUGAAAAUCAGAACUCCAUGUUGGAUUUCCAAACGCCAAUGACCGAUUCGGUCGCCUCGUCGACACCAAGAGCUGAUCUCCGCCAGAAUAUCGCCUCGAUAUCUAAACACUAUACCAAUGUUCUUAAUCCGCGCAACUCUCCCGCUUCCGAGGCCAACCAAGUUCAGAAGUUGGUAGUCAAGUUCGAUGACAAUGUCCAGGAUAAAGAGAACUUGACGUCUCCAAACAGACUGAGAACUCUUCAAUCUGAGAAAAGAGAGUUGCAAGAGAAACUGGAACAGGCAAACGUGCAAAACGCAACUAUGGAACAAGAACUCGAGCUGAGACUCAAAACUAUUAAUGAUCUGGAAAGGAAAAUUGAAUCCUUGAUGGACAGCCGAAGUGUGAUCCAGAAAGAGCUAGAUUCUUUCAAAGAGAUGGUUCUUGCUCGUGAACAACUUGAACAGGAAAUCAGUAAGCUUAAAUCAUCGAAUGAGGAACUUGUGGCAGAGAACAAUAAGCUAAAAGCAGAUGUGGAGGAACAAUCAGAUAAAGUCGCGCGCGCUGAGACAAAGAACGCAGAGCUUGAAGCUCAAGUUACUGAACAAACCGGUACGAUCACACAGUUGAAAGCAGAUGCUGAUAGUGCACAAAGUGUUGGAGCAAAACUCGAGAGUGUCUGUCAUGAACUGGAAAACACUAAACUUGAACUGCAGAAAGUUCAUGAAGCCAGCAGAAGUCACGAAUCUACCAACCAGAGCCUGACUCAAGAACUUGAGCUUGAAAGACAGAAGCUCGCUGAAGUCGAAAAGGGCAAGUUUGAAGUGGAGAAAUUGUAUGAGUCUUUGAAAACACAGACCGAGAAAGAGAUUGACCAGAUAAUGACUAAGAUGAAAGACUCUGAAGGUAGUACUGACGAGCUUAUGGCUGAAAAGCAGCGGCUAGCAAGCAAGAUGACCGAGUAUGAGUACCUCAUUGAGUCACUCAAGCAAGAAAACGAGUCCCAUAAGGCAAAAAUUGGCGAUGUCUCUACCAAGCUUUCCAGUAAGGACUUGAAAAACUACCAAAUGUUACAACUUGAUGACGUUGAUGCGCUUACGUUAGUGGAGCUUUCUAACGUGAUGAAACAAAUACUCACACUAUUUGGAAUCCGUGUACACAACAUCAGACCUUUCUUCAAGUUUAUCAGCCGGUCAUACGACUAUUACGAACAAUUUGCAACCCACUUGCACGCUACUUUCUAUAACGAGGAGCCAAUGAACCCCCAACUUUUGAUCUCCAACAAUUUGCAGCGCUACAAAGGGGCACACUUGAAGAAACUCAAGCACUGCUUGCAAAGCAUGCUGAACACUGCGGAUAGGAUUACAGAUCAAUAG